CAACAAGGCGGCCGUAAACGGUAGAAGUUCUAAAAUAAUUUUUUUUUGAAAGUGCAAACAAAAAAACUCGAAAAAAGGGGUUAACCUAACUGACCGGAUUUGGAGUUACACUUGAUUUGAACGCGUUUCGUCACACCACGUUACGCUGUGACGAGACGCGCCUUACGAGCCCUCCCACCCAUAUUUUGUUAUCAGAAUAGUGAUACUGUGAUAUGUCCCCUGUAGAGAAGAAGAGUCGGGCUCGGAGUCCACAGGAACUGUAUGACGAAAUAAAAGAACUCUUGAUCAAGACCAAACCAAAGCUCAAGGACGGAACUACCAAAGAUGAAACCAUAACCGGGGAUUUACAUAAGAUCGCAUCGCUUGCACAGACAUUCACAGAACAGCGCCUGAAGUCGAGCAAAAAGAGUCAGUUAUCAGAUUUCCUUGAUCAAGAAGGUGUCAGCCUGUGGAAUGCAUCCGGCGUGGUCCGUCUGGGCUCUGCGCCUGACAGCCGCGUUGUCGUCGCCGCUUGUAAGCUUCUUUGUUUUCUAUGAUCGGUUUCACUUAAGCCAGGCUUGCCAGUACGGCUAGCUGGAUUUCGCCUCAUGGAAGCAGGGUUGGAACCUAAGCCAGAUACUGAAGGUUGGAAGAAGAAGCUCAGAAUUCUUGCGUGAUUGUCGCUCAUUUAUGGCCUAUCAGCAUUAUUACAUAUUCUCCAAAUU